CAAUUACGCAGACCAAGUACACUACGUUCGCCCUCUUGAUUAAACUCCCUCGCAGGUAGACGCAGCCACCUCGCCCAGAACUGACGACGGUGACCGCCUACCUAUCCAGAGCUCGAUAGGAGAAUCAAUUGAUACUUCUCCUGGCUGCUUGAGCUCUUUUGUUGUGGCUCUACUUCCAGCCAGUAGCAUCCAUCUGCUUCCUCUUCUUCUUGGUUAUUCAUUCUGCUUCUUGAUGGAGGAUGCAAUGAUGCUGGUGGCGGCUGUGCUCCUCUUGUCACCCGCUCUUGUUGCUUCAGGCGUAGCAGAUUUCUGCGUGUGCCGAUCGGAGGAGUCGACGGCGGUGCUGCAGAAGGCGAUCGACUACUCAUGCGGACAAGGCGCGGACUGCACGGCGAUCCAGCAGGACGGGGCCUGCUACAACCCCAACGACGUCGCCUCCCACUGCUCCUGGGCCGUCAACAGCUACUUCCAGAAGUACAGGUCCUCCGGCGCCACCUGCGACUUCACCGGCGCCGCCUCCCUAUCCUCCACCGACCCUAGUUUCUCUGGAUGCACUUUCCCUUCCAGUGCCAGUGCCGCUGGAACUAGUACGGGCACCGGGACGACUACAGGAGGCACGUUCAGCCCCGGGAUGAGCCCCGGGUUCAACGGCACCGGGCUGGGAGGCAGCCUAAGUCCGACGACGGGGACAAGCAGCAUGGACGGCACCGCCGCCGCAGCCGGCUUGCUUCCUUCAAGGAAACUGACCGCCUCCCUUGCCAUACUUCUCCUCCCCUUCUUGGCACUGCCCUGAAACAUCAGCUAGCUCUGUUUUCACUAGUUUCCUGGCCUGCUAAAAACAAGCGGAGAAUUUCUUUCAACUUGUCCAAGGGAAUCCAUUCAUCCACUCUGGACUAUGAUUGUUGUUCUUGUUGCUUAGUGCCUUGGUGGGUGGGUGAUGCUCUCGGGUACAGAUUUGUUUCCAGUUUAAUUUAUGGACUCCUACAGGCUGGACGACUGGUGGUGUAUGUUUGGUAGGAUGGCUGUCUCUUUCCUCUGCAAGGACUCUUGUCUUUCAUCGUCCUUUUUAUAUUACUGAUCGCUGAGUCCGA